AUGUCGGGCACGAUGAAUGAAAAGGGUUCUCGCGGGCAACUCGAGGCCUCGACAGAAGCUGUCGAACAUAUUGAAAAUACCCAGCACCUCCAACAUGGGGAGGCAGCGCCGUAUCAUUUUACUUUCUUCAAAUUCAUGGCCCUCUCGGGGAUCAUUGUGGGAUACAUGGCAGACGCCUUCAACACUCAACUCACAGGGUCUACCUACAGUGGCAUCAAUGCAAAGAUAGGACCCGACCCCUUUGAUGUCUGGAUUGGUGGUAUGCUGCCUUUGAUCGGGUCUGCCUUUGGCCCCUUUGUUGGAUAUCUCAGCGACAUCUACGGUCGGCGCAUCUUCCUCUUGGUCGGAGCAACGUUCGGGGCCCUAGGCAAUCUCGGAUCGGCUUGCUCAGACUCGGUUCCCAAAGUCUAUGGAACAGGAAUCAUCGUGGGAUUUGGAAUAUUGAAUAAACAAGUGUCAGUUGCCGCAGUCGCCGAAAUCUUCCCUAGGUCCUGGCGACCUUUCGUGUUUGGCUGCUUUUGGGCAGCUCUGGCCCCUGCAGAAGGAUUUGCACCUAUAGUAGGUGCUAGCAUCCUCGCCUACCGGUCUUGGAAGGUGGUCUACUGGAUUCCAUUUGCACUGAACACCCUGGCGCUCUUCCUCGUCUAUCUCUUUUACCACCCUUUGAAUCAACGCAUCAAAGUGGUCGAUAAAACACGAUGGCAACUGCUGGCUUCUCUAGACCAUGUCUCCGGGGGCUUGAUAGGGUUCGGGACAGCAUUGGCGCUCAUAGGUGUGGAGCUGGGAGAAUUCAACUUGGGAUGGCGUGAUUCAAGGUCACUCGGCUGUGUGGUGGCUGGGCUGUUUCUGCUCCUCGGCUGUGUUGUGCCAUGGGGAUUUUUCAUGCGCAAACGUCUUCCUUACCCAAUGCUCCCGAGGGCCGUUUGGAGUCAUUAUCGGCGCUACUCGCUCAACAUGGUCCCACUCGGGUUUCUUGCAUUGAUAGCCUCGACGGCCGUCUUCUUGUGGCCCCUGAUGGUGCAGGUGCUGUUCGAACAAGACCCCAUCAAGGCGGGCUGGUUGAGCUCUGCACCCCUGAUCACGGGGGUGUUUUUGGCUCCAGUCUUUGGGUGGAUAUUUCAGAAGUUUGGCUAUCAGUCCCACUGGACUGUAACGUGCCUAGCAGCAUCCCUCACUUUGUUGACCGGCGUUCAAGCGGUAGUUACUCCCAGUUCAAAGGCAGCUUCGACCUCGCUGGCAUGUUUGGCCAAUGUGGCAUGGACGGGCCUGGUGGUAGGAUUCGGUGCCAUCUUCCAACUUGUGCCUCAUCGUAACCUGGGAACAUCAACCGCGAUCUAUCUCUGGCUUCGAACCUGCGUCAAUGCCGCCGGAGCCAUGAUAUUUCCCACUACCCUGAAGAACAACCUUCCCAAGUACAUUGCUCGCGAUGUUGCCAUUCCAUUGGCAAAGGCUGGAGUAAGCCCGCUCCUCAUCCCGCAACUAAUCGAGGCCCUUACUUCUGGCGACACGAAAAAUCCCGUUCUUGGGCAAGUGCCGCUACUGGCACUUCUGACGGCCGGUGAGGGAAUCAAAUGGGCUUAUGUACAUACAUUCCGCCUCAUCUUCUUUUCGACUUUAGCGUGGGGAGUAUGCGGGACCGUUGUGGCGGCACUGACUAGAAGCUACGGGUCCGAGCUGACGCCGGUGGUGGAUACUGAACUGCUUGAGGGUCUCCAUUUCAAUGCCAAGCUUGACACGGGUGAGGGAACUGUCAUCCGCCAAGAGGAAUAUGUCACGCAUUUUGAUGCGUUGGAUUGA